AUGUUGCGACAACUAGCUGCGCGGCUGCCCCUCGGCAGCCGUGCCCCCAGCAGCGCCGCUCUGCGCCGUCUUGCCCUGCCAAAACGCGCCAUGGCGACCGUCUCCGUUGAGGGCAUUCCCAAAGAACCCACCGACCUCGACCGCAUCACCACUCUACCCAACGGCCUGCGCGUUGCCUCGGAAGCGCUCCCCGGCUCCUUUGCCGGCGUUGGCGUCUACGUCGAGGGCGGCUCGCGCUUCGAGGACGCCUCUCUGCGGGGCGUGUCACACAUCAUGGACCGUCUCGCGUUCAAAUCGACGGCCGCGCGCUCCGCCGACGACAUGCUGGAGCGCGUCGAGGCGCUCGGCGGCAACUUUCAGUGCGCCAGCUCCCGCGAGAGCAUGAUGUACCAGGCGGCGACGUUUAACGGCGCGGUGCCCGAGGCGGUGGCGCUGUUGGCCGAGACGGUGCGCGUGCCCGAGGUGACGGAGCAGGAGGUGGCGGAGCAGCUGGAGACGGCACGGUACGAGAUUGCAGAGAUUUGGAGCAAGCCCGAGCUGAUCCUGCCGGAGCUGGUGCACACGGCGGCGUACAAGGAUAACACGCUGGGGAACCCGCUGCUGUGCCCGGAGGAGAGGCUGGCGGAGAUUGGGAGGGAUACGGUGCUGAGGUACAGGGAACGGUUUUACAGGCCCGAGAGGAUGGUGCUGGCGUUUGCGGGCGUAGAGCACAAUGUAGCGGUGGAUCUGGCGAAGCAGUACUUUGGCGACGCGGCGACGGCGUCGUCGUCGUCGUCUCGUCGCGGGUCCGAAUCCAGCAUCGCGACCUCGGCCUCUUCUUCUUCUUCCUCUUCCUCUUCGUCGUCGUCGGCGAGUAGCAGCGCCGCCGCCUCCUUUUCCACCUCGGCCACGCGCUCCCACGCCACGCUUUCCUCCUCCUCCCCGGCGUCCUCCACCAUUACCACCCCCGCAUACCCGCCCUCGCACUACACCGGCGGCUUCCUCACACUCCCGCCGCAGCCGCCCUCGCUACACAAGACCAAUUUCACGCACAUCCACCUCGCCUUUGAGGGUCUGCCCGUCGCAUCCGAGGAUAUUUACGCGCUCGCCACGCUGCAGACGCUGCUCGGCGGCGGGGGCUCCUUUUCCGCCGGCGGGCCCGGCAAGGGCAUGUACUCGCGGCUCUACACGCACGUGCUCAACCAGCACGGCUGGGUCGAGUCGUGCGUCGCCUUUAACCACAGCUACACCGACUCGGGCCUCUUUGGCAUCGCCGCGUCCUGCCUUCCCGGCCACACGUCGGCCAUGCUCGACGUGCUGUGCCAGGAGCUCCGCGCGUUGACGCUCGACGCGGGCUUCACCAAGCUCGGCGAGGCAGAGGUCCAGCGCGCCAAGAACCAGCUCCGCUCCAGCCUGCUGAUGAACCUCGAGAGCCGCAUGGUCGAGCUCGAGGACCUCGGCCGCAGCGUGCAGGUGCACGGGAAAAAGGUGCCCGUGCGCGAAAUGUGCGCCAAGAUUGAGGCGCUGACCGUCAACGACCUGCGCAGGGUCGCGCGCAUGGUGGUCGGCGGCAAGGCGGGCAGUGGGAGCGGCGCGCCGACUGUGGUGCUGCAGGAGGCGCAGGCGUACGGGCUGUCGAGCCACGCCAUGACCUGGGACCAGAUCCAGGACCGCAUCGACGGGUGGAAGCUGGGGCGUAGAGCGUGA